AUGUUUCCUUUUCUCCUUCUUUAUUCAUCCAAUAUUUUUUCUCCUUUCUCUUCCUUUUCUUCUUUCUUCCGUGCCUUUUUUUUUACUUUCUUUCCUCUGUUAGCUCUACUUGCUCUCAGUGCUUUUGUCCGUUGUUUUUUUUUUGUUCUUUCUCUCUUUCUCACACCUUCUCCUUCUUCUCCUAUUUCUUUCUCUUCUCAUCCUUCCUAUCUAAUCCUUAUCCUCCCCUCUCUUCUCGCUCUCAAAGAUUUUCCGUUCUUUCUUUCUUUCUUUCUUUCUUUCUUUCUUUCUUUCUUUCUUUCUUUCUUUCUUUCUCACACUCUUCUACCAUAUUCCUUCCUAUCUAAUCUUCCACUGUCAGUCUUUCUGUCUUUUUCUUUUUUCUUCCGUACUUUUUUUACUUUCUUUCCUCUUAACUCUUCUCGCUCUCAAUGCUUCUUUCGUUCUUUUUUUCUUUCACUCUCUUCUCUUUCUUCGUCUUCUCAUCAUUCCUAUCGAAUCUACGCAGCCAAUGUCAGCCCCCAUGAUGAGAUAUCUCCACUUUUUGUCCACAUUCGUGGAGAUAUUACGGCCGGGAUACAUGAUAAAUCUAUCUAUCUAUCUAUCUAUCUAUCUAUCUAUCUAUCUAUCUAUCUAUGA